AGAGAUCUGCAGGUGGGGCGCGCGCGACCGGUCCGCGGAGAGUCAGCCGAGAGAUGGGCAGUAGUGAGCCCCUUUCCAUCUCAGACAGUGACAAAAGGAAGAAGAAGAAGCGGAAAGCCCGGGCUGCUGACUCCUUACCAGGCAAGUUUGAAGAUACGUACAAGCUGACCUCUGAAUUGCUGGGAGAGGGAGCCUAUGCCAAAGUUCAAGGUGCCGUGAGCCUGCAGAAUGGCAAAGAGUAUGCUGUCAAAAUCAUCGAAAAGCAAGCUGGACACAGUCGGAGCAGGGUAUUCCGAGAGGUGGAGACCCUCUAUCAGUGUCAAGGAAGCAAGAACAUUUUGGAGCUGAUUGAGUUCUUUGAAGAUGACACAAGGUUUUACUUGGUCUUUGAGAAAUUGCAAGGAGGCUCCAUCCUCGCCCACAUCCAGAAGCAGAAGCACUUCAAUGAGCGAGAAGCCAGCCGAGUGGUGCGGGAUGUUGCUGCUGCGCUAGACUUCCUGCACACCAAAGGCAUUGCCCACCGCGAUUUGAAGCCAGAGAAUAUAUUGUGUGAAUCUCCGGAAAAGGUGUCUCCGGUGAAGAUCUGUGACUUUGACUUAGGCAGUGGAGUAAAACUGAACAACUCUUGCACCCCCAUAACCACCCCAGAGCUGACCACUCCAUGCGGCUCUGCGGAGUACAUGGCCCCCGAGGUGGUGGAGGUCUUCAGGGACGAGGCCACGUUCUACGACAAGCGCUGUGACCUGUGGAGCCUGGGCGUGGUACUCUACAUCAUGCUGAGUGGCUAUCCGCCCUUUGUGGGCCACUGCGGGGCAGACUGUGGCUGGGACCGGGGAGAGGUCUGCAAGGUGUGCCAGAACAAGCUGUUUGAGAGCAUCCAGGAAGGCAAGUACGAGUUUCCAGACAAGGACUGGGCACACAUCUCCAGCGAGGCCAAAGACCUCAUCUCCAAGCUCCUAGUGCGGGAUGCCAAGCAGAGACUCAGCGCUGCCCAAGUUCUGCAACACCCAUGGGUGCAGGGGCAAGCUCCAGAAAGAGGACUCCCCACGCCGCAAGUCCUCCAGAGGAACAGCAGCACCAUGGACCUGACGCUCUUUGCAGCAGAAGCCAUCGCCCUUAACCGCCAGCUAUCCCAACAUGAGGAGAGCCAGCAGGCCGAGGAGCAGGAGGCGCUGGCUGAGCGCCUGUGCUCUGUGAAGCUGUCCCCUCCGUCCAAGUCACGCCUGGCUCGCCGACGGGCCUUGGCCCAGGCCGGCCGCUGUGACACUCAAGAACCCUGCCCACCACCCACAGCCCUCUGAGCAGUGCCAACACACCUGGCAGGGGCUUAGCCACCCCCUCUCCCUGGAAGUCCCUGAGCAGGCAGGGGGCUCAACUCAGCAACCAGGGUUUCUUAUCCCCACCCUCUCUUCCGGGGCCCAGAGUAGAAAUCUCUUUUGGAAAGGGUUGCUUUUGAAAAGGGAGCCAGUCACUUGUCACUUUGCAUAAUCACCCGUGGCCAGCAGAGGAGGACAGCACUGGGCCCCAUGCCAGGGGCAUCUGGACUCCCUGGAAUUUGGACUCCCCGUAGCCGGCUGCCCAGGCUGCAGCCUUCAGGAGUUGGCCAAGAGGCAGUCCUUCCCUUCUCCAGCUGUCCUUCCACCUUCAUGUGUCCUCCCUGCCUGUCAUCUCCCCUGCCCCAGCAAAUCUGUGCCCUUAUUUCAGAGAAGAGAAGGGAGAGCUUUCCACAUCCAGGCAGCCGGCAUGGUUUUCUGGUCUGCAGCACAGAGAAUCAUAUAAUCUUUCUUUGCCGUGACCAAGAUGUGCCCCCAUUUGUCAUCUUCUUCCUUGUUGGGGAUUGCUGCUACCAUCAGUAUUAUUUUAUCUUUUUUUAAAAAAAACAAAAACUUUUAACCAUGUUCCUCUAGCCGAGAUGGGAUUCCAAGCUCCCACGACAAGCUGUGGGUGUUGCCAGGUCAGGUUUUAACUGGCUGCGCUCUUUUAGACAAUUGCUUUUAAGCUGUUCCUCUGAUGAGCCAAUUGGAGGCCGAGGGCAGGUACUGCCACCAUGCCCUCAGGUCUGGCUCUGAGGACAGCAGGUGGAGUGUGGUCUUGCAGGCCAAGCUGUUGCUCGAUGGCAAGAAAGCAGACCUGUGUGUGUUACUUGUGCACAUAACACCAUGGUGCCACUGUGCAUUGUGCUUGUUUUAAUAAAAUUGUUUUAAAUCCAA